AUGCCCUCGAAACACCUGAAAUCCAAGGACGGCCGUGUCACAAAGAGGAAGCCGGUAAAGAACAGCGGGCGCACUCUUCCAGCCAAACUGGGCGACACUGUGUCUGACGGCACGGAUGACGAGGGCGAAGGAGAUAUGGCAGAAAGUAAGUUCUUCAGCGAGGGAAACGGCACGAAGAGGACGCGUUCUACAUGCUCUAAGAAGAAGCUAGACGACGAAGAAGAGUAUCAGGACGACGAAGAAGAGCACCGGCGAAGUGGCAAGAAGAUCUACGACAGCGACGCCCUCGACGAGGAUUCCGACUUCGAGGACGAUGCAGACGAGAAGAAGAGGAAGCGGAAGUUGACUACACGGUCCUCUCCAAAUAAAUCCCGGUCUCCGAAGAAGAGAAAGACCAAAGACGAGGAUGAAGAUGACUACGACGAUGACCUCCCAGAAGGCACUGAGGUCGUUGGAAAGGUUGUCCUGGCUCCGAGCACAGGACGUGUUCCCCCGGGCCAGAUAUCGCAAAACACGCUCGACUUUUUGAAUGAUUUGAAGAAGCCCGAGUGCAACGAUCGGCAAUGGUUCAAACUUCAUGAACCCGUGUACCGCCAGGCAGAGCAAGAAUGGAAAGAUUUCGUCGAAGCUUUCACCGACCUUCUUAUAGAAGUUGACUCUCAAAUCCCUCACCUACCACCUAAAGACGUCAUUCACCGCAUUUACCGUGAUAUGCGGUUCAGUAACGAUAAGACGCCAUACAAGAAGGCUUUCUCGGCGAGCUUCUCUCGGAGUGGUCGAAAAGGAAUCUUCGCAGGCUGUACGUUGCAACACAUGCAGAUCUAUAAACAUGUUCUCAUCUACAUUUUCAGAUCAUAUCGAAACAAUCCUACCUCAGAGCAGGUGCGUCGCGUUCUGCCCCGUUGUCUUGAUGCAACAGGAGUGACCUUGCUCGACCAAGUGCAACCCGGGAAGGAGAGCAUCAUUGCUGCGGGAACUUGGUGUCCAGGUCGUAACGAACUACUGACCAUUAGAAAUCCUCGACGACUCCGAAGCGUCAUCUCUUUGCCUGAUUUUGUCAAAUAUUUUGGAAAACCCGAACCUCAUCCGAAGGGAGAAAAGCAGAAUAUCUUCGGACAAGAGGGCGAGCUGAAGACUGCGCCGAAGGGUGUUGACAAGGAUCACAAAGAUAUUGACCUCUUGAAGUGCCGUUCAUUCUGUGUUUUCUACCGCUUUUCCGACAGCGAGGUGUUAUCGUCUGAUUUCAGGGUCAAGCUGGCAACCAUUGCACAGGUACUGCAGCCCUUCGUUCAUUGUCUCAAUGAUAUGAUGACGAUUAUGGGCACUGACAAUGACGACGACGAAGAACAUUCAGGCGAAGAUUGA